UGCCGCACUCCACCAUUCACAUCAUAUUCACAUUCGUGAUUGCAUGCGCGGUGGUCCAAGCUUUGCACGCGCAGUCUCAUUCACCAUCAUCAUCAUCAGCUCCUGCCUGCAGCUCGUCUAGCUGCGCUCGCACCCACUCUAGCAUCACCAUGGUCACACUUCAACGCUUCGCCAGCCUAUGGCUCGUCCUCGCGAGCGUGCUGAGCUUCUCUCGAACGACCUCAGCUUCGCCACUAUUCGGGCCAUCCUACCACCCCGUGGUCAUCUGGCACGGUCUAGGAGACUCGGCCUACUCCGAAGGCAUGCAAUCUUUUGCUCAAUCCCUCAAAGACGCUUUUCCAGGCAUUUUCGUCCACCUAGCGCACGUAGGCGACGAUCUCUCUUCUGACCAAAAGGCCGGCUUCUUUGGCGAUUUGAGCAAACAGCUGCCACUGAUCUGCAAGCAGAUCGAAGAUGUACCCGAAUUAGAGGAUGGAUUCGACGCGAUCGGAUUCAGUCAAGGCGGUCUGUUUAUGAGAGCGUACGUGGAGAGGUGCCAGAACGCUCCUCCGGUGAGAAAUCUGGUCACUUUUGGCAGCCCUCAGAAUGGCAUUAGCGACCUUCCAGCUUGCACUGGCUUGCUCUGUCGCCUUGCCGAGGGUGCUCUUCGCGGUGGAGUGUACACCGACUACGCUCAAACGAAUGUAGUGAGCGCUCAAUUCUACCGUGAUCCUCGCAGCGAGACGGGUUAUCCAGCCUACUUGGAGCACAACCGUUUCCUUCAAGACAUCAACAACGAGGUCUCGAUCAACAAGGACUACAAGAAGCAGAUCAUCAGUCUGGAAUCCUUGGUUUUGCUUCAAUUCAGUCAGGAUAAGACGAUUGUGCCAAAGGAGAGCAGCUGGUUCGGUGCCUAUCCCCUGUACAACCAGACCGAAUCGGAAACCGCAGACGAGCCAAAGGCUCAGCCUAUCCCGCUCAAGCAAACUGCGCUGUAUACGCAGGACCGUCUGGGCCUCAAGACGCUGGACAAGCGAGGAGCUCUGGUCCUCGACGUCUGCAAAGGGCAACACAUGCAGAUCGAUGUGGCGUGCCAACAGAAGGUGUUUGGCACGUACAUUGGCACACCAGCGAGCUUCCGUCUCCUGCCUCGACCCAUUCGCAAUGCCUGGGCGUACUCAUUGUACAACACUACGGGCCUGCGCGCAGCCUCGAUGCCACCAGCGCUCAAUCUGCUCCUCUUCCUGACGGCAAUCACCCUCAUCAGGACCGUGUACCUUCUCGGCACUUUUGCACGCGCUUCGUAUCAGAAGAGGCAAGAGGGCCAAAUACGGCUUGCCUGAAGUGUACGACUCGUCCGUCCCUCGUCCGACUCAGUGUAUCACGUACUUGCCACGAUCUCCACUUUUUCAAUCACAUCACCUCAAAAUC